CCCUCCCUUCCUGCGCGCGCGGGGCGACGAGACAGCGGCGGCGACGGCGAGGAGGCCCCGGGCGCGGCGCAGGCUCCAAAGAAGAAGAAACAAAGACCGAGAGAGCCCCAGGUGCAGGGAGCAGGCGAGGGAAGGAUCCGUACAGGAGCCCAACACCACUCCACCAACUGAAGCCCCCAAAAGGAGCCCGGUGAUGCUGCGCAGGCUGUGAACAGGGGAGGCGGCACUGUGGGGGCUGCCGGCAGCCGGGGCUGGGGAGAGACAUGUGGACACGUGGCCUCUAUGGCUCCCGCCUGCCAGAUCCUCCGCUGGGCCCUCGCCCUGGGGCUGGGCCUCAUGUUCGAGGUCACGCACGCCUUCCGGUCUCAAGAUGAGUUCCUGUCCAGUCUGGAGAGCUAUGAGAUCGCCUUCCCCACCCGCGUGGACCACAACGGGGCACUGCUGGCCUUCUCGCCACCUCCUCCCCGGAGGCAGCGCCGGGGCACCGGGGCGACAGCCGAGUCCCGCCUCUUCUACAAGGUGGCCGCACCCAGCACCCACUUCCUGCUGAACCUGACCCGCAGCUCCCGUCUACUGGCAGGGCACGUCUCCGUGGAGUACUGGACACGGGACGGCCUGGCCUGGCAGAGGGCCGCCCGGCCCCACUGCCUCUACGCCGGUCACCUGCAGGGCCAGGCCAGCAGCUCCCAUGUGGCCAUCAGCACCUGUGGAGGCCUGCACGGCCUGAUUGUGGCAGACGAGGAAGAGUACCUGAUUGAGCCCCUACACGGUGGGCCCAAGGGUUCUCGGGGCCCAGAGGAAAGUGGACCACAUGUGGUGUACAAGCGUUCCUCUCUGCGUCACCCCCACCUGGACACGGCCUGUGGAGUGAGAGAUGAUAAACCGUGGAAAGGGCGGCCAUGGUGGCUGCGGACCUUGAAGCCGCCGCCUGCCAGGCCCCUGGGGAAUGAAACAGAGCGUGGCCAGCCAGGCUUGAAGCGAUCCGUCAGCCGAGAGCGCUACGUGGAGACCCUGGUGGUGGCUGACAAGAUGAUGGUGGCCUAUCACGGGCGCCGGGAUGUGGAGCAGUACGUGCUGGCCAUCAUGAACAUUGUUGCCAAACUUUUCCAGGACUCGAGUCUGGGAAGCACCGUUAACAUCCUCGUAACUCGCCUCAUCCUGCUCACGGAGGACCAGCCCACUCUGGAGAUCACCCACCAUGCCGGGAAGUCCCUGGACAGCUUUUGUAAGUGGCAGAAAUCCAUCGUGAACCACAGCGGCCAUGGUAAUGCCAUUCCAGAGAACGGUGUGGCUAACCAUGACACAGCAGUGCUCAUCACACGCUAUGACAUCUGCAUCUACAAGAACAAACCCUGUGGCACACUAGGCCUGGCCCCAGUGGGUGGAAUGUGUGAGCGCGAGAGAAGUUGCAGCGUCAAUGAGGACAUUGGCCUGGCCACGGCGUUUACCAUUGCCCAUGAGAUCGGGCACACAUUCGGCAUGAACCAUGACGGCGUGGGAAACAGCUGUGGGGCCCGUGGUCAGGACCCAGCCAAGCUCAUGGCUGCCCACAUUACCAUGAAGACCAACCCAUUCGUGUGGUCAUCCUGCAGCCGUGACUACAUCACCAGCUUUCUAGACUCGGGCCUGGGGCUCUGCCUGAACAACCGGCCCCCCAGACAGGACUUUGUGUACCCGACAGUGGCACCGGGCCAAGCCUACGAUGCAGAUGAGCAAUGCCGCUUCCAGCAUGGAGUCAAAUCGCGUCAGUGUAAAUACGGGGAGGUCUGCAGCGAGCUGUGGUGUCUGAGCAAGAGCAACCGGUGCAUCACCAACAGCAUCCCGGCCGCCGAGGGCACGCUGUGCCAGACGCACACCAUCGACAAGGGGUGGUGCUACAAACGGGUCUGUGUCCCCUUCGGGUCGCGCCCGGAAGGCGUGGACGGAGCCUGGGGGCCGUGGACUCCUUGGGGCGACUGCAGCCGGACAUGUGGCGGCGGCGUGUCCUCUUCCAGCCGUCACUGCGACAGCCCCAGGCCAACCGUCGGGGGCAAGUACUGCCUGGGUGAGAGAAGGCGGCACCGCUCCUGCAACACGGAUGACUGCCCCCCUGGCUCCCAGGACUUCAGAGAAAUGCAGUGUUCUGAAUUCGACAGCAUCCCUUUCCGCGGGAAAUUCUACACAUGGAAAACGUACAGGGGAGGGGGCGUGAAGGCCUGCUCGCUCACGUGCCUAGCGGAAGGCUUCAACUUCUACACGGAGAGGGCGGCAGCCGUGGUGGACGGGACACCCUGCCGUCCAGACACGGUGGACAUUUGCGUCAGUGGCGAAUGCAAGCACGUGGGCUGCGACCGAGUCCUGGGCUCCGAUGUGCGGGAGGACAAGUGCCGAGUGUGUGGUGGUGACGGCAGUGCCUGCGAGACCAUCGAGGGUGUCUUCAGCCCAGCCUCACCUGGGGCUGGGUACGAGGAUGUCGUCUGGAUUCCCAAAGGCUCCGUCCACAUCUUCAUCCAGGAUCUGAACCUCUCUCUCAGUCACUUGGCCCUGAAAGGAGACCAGGAGUCCCUGCUGCUGGAGGGGCUGCCCGGGACCCCCCAGCCCCACCGCCUGCCCCUGGCUGGGACCACCUUUCAGCUGCGACAGGGGCCAGACCAGUUCCAGAGUCUGGAAGCCCUGGGACCGAUUAAUGCCUCUCUCAUCGUCAUGGUGCUGGCCCGGACCGAGCUGCCUGCCCUCCGCUACCGCUUCAAUGCCCCCAUCGCCCGUGACUCCCUGCCCCCGUACUCCUGGCACUAUGCACCCUGGACCAAGUGCUCGGCCCAGUGUGCAGGCGGUAGCCAGGUGCAGGCGGUUGAGUGCCGCAACCAGUUGGACAGCUCCGCGGUCGCCCCCCACUACUGCAGUGCCCACAGCAAGCUGCCCAAGAGGCAGCGCGCCUGCAACACGGAGCCUUGCCCGCCAGACUGGGUUGUAGGGAACUGGUCGCGCUGCAGCCGCAGCUGCGAUGCGGGCGUGCGCAGCCGCUCGGUCGUGUGCCAGCGCCGCGUCUCCGCCGCGGAGGAGAAGGCGCUGGACGACAGCGCAUGCCCGCAGCCGCGCCCACCUGUGCUGGAGGCCUGCCACGGCCCCACUUGCCCUCCGGAGUGGGCGGCCCUCGACUGGUCUGAGUGCACCCCCAGCUGCGGGCCGGGCCUCCGCCACCGCGUGGUCCUUUGCAAGAGCGCAGACCACCGUGCCACGCUGCCCCCGGCGCACUGCUCACCCGCCGCCAAGCCGCCGGCCACCAUGCGCUGCAACUUGCGCCGCUGUCCCCCGGCCCGCUGGGUGGCUGGCGAGUGGGGUGAGUGCUCUGCACAGUGCGGCGUAGGGCAGCAGCAGCGCUCUGUGCGCUGCACCAGCCACACGGGCCAGGCGUCACACGAGUGCACGGAAGCCCUGCGACCGCCCACCACGCAGCAGUGUGAAGCCAAGUGCGACAGCCCAACCCCCGGGGACGGCCCUGAAGAGUGCAAGGAUGUGAACAAGGUCGCCUACUGCCCCCUGGUGCUCAAAUUUCAGUUCUGCAGCCGAGCCUACUUCCGCCAGAUGUGCUGCAAAACCUGCCAGGGCCACUAGGGGGCGCGCGGCACCCGGAGCCACAGCUGGCGGGAUCUCUGCCUCCAGCCCGGCAGUGGGCCGGCCAGAGGGGGCCCCAGGGGGGCGGGAACUGGGAGGGAAGGGUGAGACGGAGCCGGAAGUUAUUUAUUGGGAACCCCUGCAGGGCCCUUGGCUGAGGGAUGGAGAGGGGCUGGCUGCCCCCCCAGGGCCCCUCUUCAGCAUCCCCCGCUUCCAGUUCACGUAGAGAGACCCCCUCCAGGGUGGGUCUGGGGAGGGGACAGCUGUUCACCCCAGCACCCUUUGCACCCACCCUUAGGGAGUCCCCAACACUCCCCCCCUCCUUUGAUGGGAAUAUGUACUGUGAAGAGUAGGGGUGGGGAGGGGGUCUGCCGGUGCCCUGCCCCCCAGCACUGCCCUACCCCUCCACUCCGAGCUGGGGGGAGUCUGUGUCUGCUAUGGGAGACGGGGGGGUAGCACCACCUCCCUGACACCUUUCCCUGACCUGACCAGGGGGAGGAUCCACCCCAACCUCUGCCCUGCCUGCCCCAGGGGCACCCCAACAUCCAGGCCACCCCCUCAUGGUGCUACAGACCCUGCCCUGGGGCCCACACACUCCUGCCAGGAAGCCCUACAUCAGUAAAGUUCUGUCUUGUGUAGAUUUCUA